UGCUGUGGAACGAACACGACGAGAGAUUAAGCGUUUUAACAAAUUACAUAUUUACCCCGGUUUGGGUUUCGCAGUAGAAGAAUUCUAAUCGGAAGCUAACCGGUCCGGUUUGGUAAGUCAUAGCGAGGAUCAUUAAAUCUGGGGACUAUUGUAAUGUUUACCAUAAUAAAGGGGCAAUUAGAUAAAUUAAAUAAAUAAAUUAAUGGAUGAAAUUGUUAUUGUUCUUCUUCUCCAAUAGACUUUUGCCUGCAUCUCUUCGCCGAUCACGAUCCCUCCAUCUCCGGUGAUUUCCACCGUAAACUGAUACGGUAUUUCGUUUUACUGUAUCAUAAACGUUGCAUCUCCCCGUAUUUCACAUUCCGUCAUUUACAUAGAUCUUCAAACCUAUCUAUCUCCAUCAACUCCGGCGGCUGCCGACGACGGCGUUUUAGCUCUGAUUGGCUCGAAGAGAGGAGAUCUCUAAGUAUUGCUUCCCACCGUCUCCGAAAUCUACCCGAUCCGACAUCGGAUUGGAGUGAAUUUUGACUUACAGUGAAGAGAUUUUGAGAGAAUGGUGGAGCCGGUGAACUCAUCGCUUGGGAAAAUGCUCUUGGAAGAGAUCAGUCCAGUUGUCAUGGUACUCUGCACGCCUCUUGUUGAAGAGACUUUCCUCAAGAAUGGACUAUCCUUUGUGGAAACGCUGAAGCCAUUCUGCAACUUCAGUAAUAUCGAUGUUCCUGUUAGGACCUCAGGCGAUCAGCUUUAUCGGCUGAAGAAGUUUACGCUCAGAUUGUUUAAUGCCUCAGAUAUCAAACAACCAAACGUGGAGGUUGCAAAGCAACGGCUAGAGCAUGUUAUCACUGAAGCUGGGGAGAAAGUUUUUGACGAUUUGAAAUCUGACCCUCCUCAAAUUACUGAUAUACUCUCUAAUCCAGAGUCUGAGAUUGCACCCACAUGGUUUCAGUAUUACAAUAAGGAACUCAUCCGUACACUGUCCUUUUUAGACCAUGAGGCUUUUGAUCAUCCUGUGGCUUGUCUCUUGGUCGUUUCAUCAAAAGACGAACAACCUGUAAAUAAAUUUGUAGAUCUUUUCAACACCAAUAGAUUACCUUCUUUGCUUAAUGAUGGUGUAAUGGACCCAAAGAUUUUGAAGAAUUACCUCUUGGUGCAUGAUAAUCAGGAUGCCACAACAGAGAGAACGUCUAAAGUUCUGUCUGAGAUGAGAAGUACAUUUGGGAACAAUGAGUGCAACUUACUUUGCACUAAUUCAUCUAAAGAGGGGAACGUGGAACAUCAGGCUAAUCCCUGGGCUUCAUUUAAAUCAAGUGUUUCGGCCGACAAACUUGGAUGUGCUCUCACUGGCGACGAUAUCGUGGAGAUCAAAGAUCUGAUGCAAGAGUUUGCAUCGAGGCAUAUAAUUCCUUACAUGGAACAGAAAGUUCGAGAUCUUAAUCAACAGAUUUCUGCAACAAGGAAAGGACUUAGAAACCAAAUAAAAAACUUAUGGUGGAGAAAAGGAAAAGACGAUGUUCCGGAUUCAGCCAAAGGUUCUAUGUAUACAUUUAGCUCCACUGAAUCUCAAAUUAGAAUUUUGGGUGACUACGCCUUCAUGUUGCAUGAUUAUGAACUUGCAUUGUCAAGCUAUCGCUUAAUAUCAACCGAUUACAAGCUCGAUAAAGCUUGGAAGCACUAUGCUGGUGUUCAGGAAAUGAUGGGACUUGCAUAUUUCAUCUCAGACCAGUCAAAAAAGGAAGCUGAGUACUGCAUGGAAAAUGCAUUCAGCACUUAUCUGAAACUUGGGAGGUCUGGCUUUCAAAAUGCUACGAGAUGUGGGCUCUGGUGGGCAGAGAUGCUAAAAGCUGGAGACCAGUACAAAGAAGCUGCUUCUGCUUACUUCCGCAUAUGUGGAGAGGAACCAUUACACGCCGCAGUCAUGUUAGAGCAAGCUUCUUACUGCUUCGUGUUAACUAAGCCCGCGAUGUUAAACAAGUAUGGAUUUCAUCUAGUUCUCUCAGGAGACCACUAUAAAAACUGUGAUCAGGUUAGCCAUGCAAUUCGUACAUAUAGAAGUGCAAUCUCUGUUUAUGAAUCAACUACAUGGAGCCAUAUCAAAGACCAUGUACAUUUUCAUAUUGGACGGUGGUACGCACUUGUUGGGAUGCAUGAUGUUGCAGUUAGAAAUAUGCUCAAAGUACUGGACUGUGGCAACCAAUCCAAGGCAACCCAAGAGAUUUUUCUCAGAGACUUUUUCGAGAUUGUUAAGAAAACUGGAAUGAAGCACGAGGUGGUGGGACUUCAACUACCAUUUAUUAAUAUGUCGUCUCUUCAAGUUAUAUAUGAAGACCAUCGCACUUAUGCAUCUCAAGCUUCUGUUCUUGUACAAGAGAGCAUCUGGCAGUCACUGGAGGAUGAUAUCAUUCCAUCAUUAAAUUCUGGCAAGUCAAACUGGCUGGAAUUACAGUCAAAGCUACUACCAAAGAAAUACAAGGAAUCCAAUGUUUGUGUGGCUGGAGAGUCAGUGAAAGUGGAUCUGGAGUUUAGGAAUCCCUUGCUAAUCUCUACUUCUAUAACAAGCGUAUCUCUCAUCUGUGAACUUACCUCAAAUUCUGAUGACCUAAAAGUUGAUAAAGACCCAAGUAGCAUAAGCUUGGGGACCGAGAGUUCCGCAGAACAUAAUCAGGGUACAACAUCUGGUUUCUCUUCUUUCACUUUGUCUGAAGUGGACUUAACAUUAGGCGGAGGCGAGAAAAAACUGGUGAGACUCACGGUUACCGCCAGUGAAGAAGGUAUCCUCAAAAUAGUCGGUGUAAGGUGGAGGUUGUCUGGUUCUGUUGUAGGUGUGCAUUACUUCCAAUCUGCCCCUGGAAAGGCAAAAACUAACAAGGGAAGACGGAAAAACAAACUUACUCCCACUGAUGCCUUGAAAUUUUUGGUCAUCAAGAGUCUACCCAGGCUUUUGGGUUCAAUUGAUCAUCUGCCUGAGAAAUUGUAUGCUGGAGAUCUACGUUAUCUUGUUUUAGAGUUAAAAAAUAAGUCGGAAUUCCCGAUAAAGAAUCUUAAAAUGAAGAUUAGCCAUCCAAGAUUUGUAAAUCCUGGAAAUCAUGAAGAAGAGGUAACAACGGAGUUUCCAGAUUGCUUAAAGAAGGGCCAUGAACAAAAUUUUGUGCAGAGUGAAACGAGUAGUGUAUUUUCAUUUCCAAAGGAUGUGUCACUGCAAGGAGAUAAAUCUUUGAGGUGGCCUCUCUGGCUUCGAGCUGCCAUCCCAGGAACGAUAUCUUUGUAUUUCACAAUAUACUAUGAGAUGGAAAAUGUAUCAAGCAUCAUGAAGUAUCGCACCCUAAGGAUGCAUUAUAAUUUAAAGGUUUUGCCAUCUCUAGAGACCUCGUUCGAAAUCACUCCCUCUCCAUCAAAGUUGCAAGAAUGUCUUGUGCGUAUGGAUAUACUGAACCGUGCGAAUUCAGAUUCUUUCCAAAUUCAUCAGUUGUCAACAGUUGGGUGUCGGUGGGGUAUCUCCUUACUUGAGCGUGUUGAUACAAUCUUACCUUCCAAGUCUCUGCUUCCCGGGCAAGCUUUAUCAUGUCACUUCAUGAUUAAGCAAAAUCCAGCAAUUCAUCAGGAGUGGCAGAUAUACCAAAGAUUCUGUCUCACCAUUCAUGUCACAAUAGAAUCAGGAGCUCAAACCCGCUAUCGUGGUCCCUAGACGGUCCCCAAGCCAUAUACCACGACUUCUCGACCUCCUUGUGUGAAAUUCAACUAAAAUUAGUAAUCAGAAACACAUCUGAUGGAAUAUCAUCUGUGAGCUUCAACACCAUUGAUUCCGUACAAGACGCAGCAGCACCAACUCCUUCCGCUGGAAACCAAUCCGGGUGGCGCUACGUGCCAGAUGUAACAGAGGAAAUGAAACUGACUUCAGAUGUCAUGGGGAGCAGCCGUCUAGGGAAACCUCCAUCUUCCAUGGAAAGCUCACCUCCUUUCAUAUGGUCAGGUUUAAGUUCCACAAAGGUCGAAAUCCAGCCAUUGUCAACAACGGAGAUCCCGCUGCAGAUAUCGGUUUUCGCUCCAGGUAUCUACAAUCUCUCUUCGUAUAAACUUACCUGGGAGCUUUCCGGGCAUGAAGAUGCAUCAUCAGGGACAUGCCAAGGCUAUCCUUAUUACCUUACUGUUCUUCAGUCUCAGUGAACUUUCAUAGCUCUCUCUGUAUUUUGUGUAUCCAUAUUGAUGGUUUACGUCUGAGUUUUCAAUUUUGAUUGUAGCAAAUUGUUGUCAAGAAAUGUUUUUUCGGUAGGAGAAAGAUUAAUUUUACAUUACACCAAAAUUUUAAAAAGGUGGGUCUCAGCUUUACUUUUGUUUGUGGAAUAAAAGGAUUAUAGAUAUUAUCAUUUUAUUUACUUCCAAUUA